AUGGACGGAAUAUUCCCAGUGUGUUAUACAACAAUCGGCGGCUACAUCUACACGGCUGCCUACGAUACCCGCCAGAACCGCGCCCAAGCCCGAUUGAUUGUUGCUCAAUCAAAAUACUACCCAACCUCCCUCAACAACCUGACCUGGGACGCCAUCGGCGAAGUGCCCCAAGACCUCAUCCGCGCCGCUCUCUUUGAGGACUACACCUACAACUGUGCUUGGAACAAUGAUACUGGGACGUUUGCGCUUCUGGGUCAGACUCUUGCGAAAUCUUCGAUGACGAAUACGACGAGUCGGUUUGGGAUCGAGUUCUCGACGGCUUUCAGUGGCGGGGUUGUUUCUCCACCGACAAAGAAGAAGCCGUUGCCGUAUCUGGAAUUUGAGACGGACCCGUAUCGGCCUGUAGAUACGAUUGUGGAGGGGAGGAGUGUUUUGGUGCCUGUUGAGGGGGUUGAAGGGGCGGUUGAGAAGGGGGAUGGUGUGGGGAAUGGCAAGGUUUGGGGUGGUGGAGGGUGGGUUCAUGCGCAGUAUAAUGUGACCAGUAGGGAGUUGUUGUUGAAGACUUUUCGGUACGAUCAGAUGUUUUAUGAAGCGCCUCAAGUUGCUUGGAGCAUGGACACUUAUGGCCCAUUGGUGUCAGGGAGAAUAGGACCCGUGCCCGGGACAAGGGACUACCACCUCAUCGCACACUCAAACACCAACAACAAACUCUACAUGGUCGGAUCCUCCGUCGUCAACGGAACCCUCCUCGUCACAACUCUGCCCCUCAACCCCAAGAACCUUGGAAAAAAACCUCUUACCGUUGCCCAACCUGAACGGUACCAGGGUCCCACGAUCGAUUCAGAUCUAGGAAAGGACUGUGACCUUACCCAUCCUUGGUCUACUGCGAGUGCUCAUAACAGUCAGCUCUUUGUCCUCUGCUAUCCCAAGAUUGAGGCAGAACGGAACAAAGACCUGCAGCUGUUCUUAUUCAACGGCACAAUCUUCCAAAAGAUCGCAUCCAUCACCCUAACCACAAUUUCAACCACAGACCACGGGCCUCGCAUCGUUCACAUCCCCUUCAACCCCACAACAGACAUCAAAGCCUCCACUUGGGCCUACCUCUCCGUCAAUUUCGGACGCAGGGGCUAUGUCAUUGACCUUACUGGCUUCACCACCGGCGGCGGAAUCGGCGGGACUAUUAAUAUUGACGGAAGGGCAAUCUCCCAACCUUUUGUACUCAAUCCCGAGAACCCCUACCUUUCCAACGAUAUCUACAAGGACGGCGCUCGUCCCCGGAUCCCAAUCGCGGCCUGGGUAGGCGGAUUCCUUGCUCUCCUACUCAUCAUCCUCUUCGCAGUCUGGAUGGUGUACAGACACAAGGUCCGCGCAAAGGAAGCCCGGCGCCGAGAAAUGAUCGCCAACGGGAUGGAUCCGGACAUGAACCCAGAGACGGCGGGAGGCGUGACACGGACUCAGCAUGGCGAUGAUGCUUCAGAUGCCUUGCCGUUGUAUACUUUGCGCGCACCCUCGGUUCCGUUCAUGGUACAGCAGCCGACUGAUCACUCUGCACCUACUAUUACGGCUGUAGGAACUGCGAUCGCUACGGCCACUGUUGCUGCGACUGCGACUGCUUCUGCUGGUGCGCCGGUAGCAGCGACGCCUAUUCCAGCGGCGACGCCUGAACCGUCCGAUUUGCCUCCAGGCUACUCGCCUGAUCUUUCCACACCCAGAAACGGCCAGCAGGAAGAUACCCGCUCUGUCUGCAUCGAAAGCGAAACUAACUCUGUCAACACCCCAGCCGUCGACACUGCCUUGGCCACCGACGCUUCAACCGCCCAAGGAACCACAGAUGUCCCAGCUGCCGUCGAAAGCGAGACCAUCACUACAACUCCUCCUCACCCUUCGACCACCGCUAGUGACAACAAAACCAACCUUUAA